GUACACCUCCCCUAAACCCCGGCUGUUAGUGCUGUGUGUGUGAGUGUGUGCUCCUGAGGUAGCCUCGGCACACAUCUUAUUUAAAAAAAUAAAAAAAAAUAAAAAAAUUAAUAAAAACAAUAAAAACACAAAAAUAUUUCCUUUUUAUUUUUUUAAUAAAAAAAAAUACGGUGAAGCAUUUCCAUCGACUGGUCAAGAAAGUAAAAAAGGAAAAAAUCGCAGAAGAAAAACCCUGGUGACGGAAAGGCCUACCAUUUUUGCAUUUGAUUUUUCAUCUUCUCUUUUGAUUUUACUCCAGUCGUUCAAUUUGAAGACACAACUUGAGAAAGAUUUUUAGUUUGACCAUCUUAUUUUUUCACUACUUUUGUCUAUUAAGAAGUUGAGAAUUACGACGCUAAAGACGCAGCAUUGAUCUACACGUUUAAUUGGGACUCUUAAACAACUUAACGAAUUCCGACGUCGUCGUAUUUUUCAUUUUUAUUUAUUUUUUUUGUUUUUGUUUUCGUGAAUUACCGAGAUGAAUCCCAGCGCUCCGAGUUACCCGAUGGCUUCCCUCUAUGUUGGCGAUCUGCACCCGGAUGUCACCGAGGCCAUGCUGUAUGAGAAAUUCAGUCCAGCAGGGCCUAUCUUGUCGAUCAGGGUGUGCAGGGAUAUGAUUACACGUCGUUCUCUCGGUUACGCCUAUGUCAACUUCCAGCAACCCGCCGAUGCUGAAAGAGCUUUAGACACUAUGAACUUUGAUGUGAUAAAGGGAAAACCAGUUAGAAUUAUGUGGUCCCAGCGUGAUCCCUCCUUGAGAAAGAGUGGAGUUGGUAACAUCUUCAUCAAGAAUCUAGAUAAAUCGAUUGACAACAAGGCUUUAUAUGAUACAUUCUCUGCUUUUGGGAAUAUCCUUUCUUGCAAGGUGGUAUGUGAUGAAAAUGGAUCAAAGGGAUAUGGAUUUGUGCAUUUUGAAACACAGGAAGCAGCUGAAAGAGCAAUUGAGAAGAUGAAUGGGAUGCUUCUUAAUGACCGUAAAGUGUUUGUAGGACGUUUUAAGUCUCGCAAAGAGCGUGAAGCAGAGCUUGGAGCUAGAGCAAAAGAGUUUACAAAUGUUUAUAUUAAAAACUUUGGGGAAGACAUGGAUGAUGAGAAAUUAAAAGAGAUAUUUGGCAAAUAUGGUCCUGCCCUGAGUAUUCGCGUGAUGACUGAUGAUGGUGGAAAAUCUAAAGGUUUUGGUUUUGUCAGCUUCGAGAGGCAUGAAGAUGCCCAAAAGGCAGUUGAUGAAAUGAAUGGCAAAGAGAUCAAUGGAAAACAGAUCUAUGUUGGCCGUGCACAGAAGAAAGUAGAACGCCAGACAGAACUAAAACGUAAAUUUGAGCAAAUGAAACAAGAUAGAAUGACUCGAUAUCAAGGAGUUAAUUUAUAUGUGAAAAAUCUGGAUGACGGGAUUGAUGAUGAGAGGUUACGUAAAGAAUUUUCACCCUUUGGCACCAUCACCAGUGCAAAAGUAAUGAUGGAAGGUGGACGCAGCAAGGGUUUUGGCUUUGUUUGUUUUUCUUCACCUGAAGAAGCCACCAAAGCUGUGACUGAAAUGAAUGGUAGAAUUGUGGCUACCAAACCUUUGUAUGUUGCUUUGGCCCAACGUAAAGAGGAGCGCCAGGCCCAUCUAACCAAUCAGUACAUGCAACGAAUGGCAAGUGUCAGAGCUGUGCCCAAUCCUGUCAUCAACCCAUACCAACCAGCACCACCUUCAGGUUACUUCAUGGCAGCUAUUCCUCAGGCUCAGAAUCGUGCUGCAUACUAUCCAACCAGUCAAAUUGCUCCUUUAAGACCUAGCCCUCGUUGGACAACACAGGGAGUGAGGCCUCAGCAUUUCCAGAACAUACCAAGCACACUCCGCCCAUCUGCUCCAAGACCUCCUGCAUUUGGUCCAAUCAGAACAAAUCCGUCCCAGGUGCCACGGGUCAUGUCCACUCAGCGAGUUGCUGCACAGACGAUGGGCCCCCGCCCUGCCACGGCAGCAGCAACUGCAGCUGCUCCUGGGGUCCGUGGAGUACCACAGUACAAGUAUGCUGCCGGAGUGCGCAAUCCACAACAGCACUUGGGUGCUCAGCCCCAAGUUACCAUGCAGCAGCCUGCUGUACAUGUGCAAGGACAGGAACCUCUGACUGCCUCAAUGUUGGCUGCAGCUCCUCCACAGGAACAGAAGCAAAUGCUGGGUGAGCGUUUGUUCCCUUUGAUCCAAGCUAUGCAUCCCACUCUGGCUGGCAAGAUAACUGGAAUGCUUCUGGAGAUAGACAACUCAGAAUUACUCCACAUGCUUGAAUCACCAGAGUCUCUGCGUUCUAAGGUUGAUGAAGCUGUAGCUGUGCUUCAAGCUCAUCAAGCAAAGGAGGCUGCUCAGAAAGCUGUGACCAAUUCAGCUGGUGUUCAAAGUGUCUAAGUCAAGAGCUGAGGGAAGUUCAACAGACCAACUUGCUUCACUGAAGAAAAAAAAAUUAAACAUUGAAAAAUGCUAAAAUACUCAAAACAUUGCAAAAAAUAAAAUUUAUAAAAAGGAAAGGAACAAAUCAAUGCCGGGUCUAGAAAAGUUCAUUCUAGUCCUAGAUUAAUGUUUUAAAAAAAAAAAAAAAAA